AUGGAGGAGGCAUUUGAGUCAACCGCUUCUAGGGCGAGCUCUGAGACCGUGCGAGAUCUUUCGGACAGCGAGCAGCCACUCAAACACACAAGAUCAAAGAAACGAAAAUGCGUACAACUGCAACAAGCAUUCCCCUGGCUACUCUCUGGAUUUAUGUUAUUUGCAUUGAUUCUGCAACACUGGCGUCAUCAGUCUAGACAAUGCGUCCCAGUCGGUUAUUGGGGAUCCUCGGAUCUUGAGAUCGCACAGCGAGAAGUCCCUGAAAGAACACUGCAGGUCCAAUUCUCAGGCGGAUUGAAGUGGGAUGAGACAAGCCACCUUAUCAGGGAAAUUGACCCGACAAUUCCAGACUACGGCGGCAUUCCCACCCCUGAAAUCGACGCCGCCUGGCAAGAGCUGAUCUCGACAACCGAUAUCUUCUUGACAAGAGAGGAGGUUGAUGAAAUCAUUAGCAACGACGGAGCCUUUGCAAGGGUGCCAUCCAAUGCUCAUCUGUACACGGACCCGUACACGGGGCUCUAUCAGGCUGUUCCUGCCGUCUUUCACAACUUGCACUGCCUGGACAUUAUCCGCCGUGGAGUAUACAUCCAAUACUACCCCGAAGAACUUACACCAGCCUUCAAACCUCACAUUCAGCACUGUAUCGACUCCAUCCGCCAGAGUCUAAUGUGCGAGGCCGACAUGACGCCCAUCCCGGAGAUACACACCACUUUCCGCCCGAACGGAGGACUGGAGCCAGUCUUCCAAGUCGAGCACACGUGUCGAGAUUUCAACGCGAUGCAGAAGUGGGCCAAGCAGCGCGAUGCGCUUGACGAGGCUCUGUGGAGAGACAAUGCCCAGCGGUUGAAGCCUGGCGUGUUUGCGAACCCCUAG